AUGCUAGGCCUUGUUCUGUCGACUUUCCUAUUUAUUCAGGUUGCAAAUGGAUUAAAUGUCGAGAGUCCGAAUGACUUAAUGAUGCCAUCUGGCAGCGAUUUCAUCGAUCUGAUCUCGCGAGAUGCUGAGAGCCUGCCGGACCUCGCGGCAUUCGGCGCAAAGCACAUUUCGGGCGGAGCUGGCGAGGGAUCGCAAAAAUUGCUUGAGGAGGAUGACUACCGAGAGAGGCAGGAGGUGAAGAGCGAUUCGGUUCUUCCCGCCUACUGCGAACCACCGAAUCCGUGUCCAGUUGGUUUCACGAAAGAGCAAGGAUGCCUCGAGGACUUUGAGAAUACCGCCGAAUUCUCGCGGGCCUAUCAAGCCCAGCAACAUUGCCUCUGUGAUCAAGAGCACAUGUUCAACUGCGCUGAAAAGGAAGCUGAACAAGUCAGCGAGACACUCCAGAAGCUACUCGAAGAAAAUGGAAUGCACGCAAACACGAUCGCGAAGAAAUUCCAUGAGAAGCGAUCCUCCGACGAGUAUGUGCCUCGACGAAAGAGAUCGGCUCCUCUGGGCCAGCAUAAGAUCAACCCAUACCUUCAAGGCGAACCACUUCGAACCAUGCAAAAGAAGAACGGCAUGACCUGGUAG